AUGUCAGAGGAUGCAUCUAGAUCACAAGAUCCAACUUUGUUGCCUUUGCCUCUAGAGCCCAUGAUUGUGAUGAUCUAUACAGAUCCCAAGCAGCCGCCCCCACCCCAGAUCCCCAGCAGACCAGCCCCCCCAGCAGUCAAAACCGCCCAAGCCCACCCAGGCGCCAGCCCACCCAACACCCCCCCCCCAGAGCAACGGGCCCCAGCCCCGACCCCCCCCGCCAGGCCCAGCCAGAUACCAGCAGCAGCAGCAGAUCAGACAGCAGCCAGAUCCACCAGCAGUCCAGAUCAGCACCCCCAGCAGCCAGAUGCAGACAGCCACAGCAGCAGAUCCAGCAGCCAGCCCACAGCAAGAUUCAACCCAGCAAGACAGACCAGCAGCAGUAAGACCAGCCCCAGACCCAGCCCAGCCAGCCCCACACCCACAUCCCAGCAAUCGCCCCAGACAGUCACACCCAGAUCAGCAGCAAUCCCCCCAGAAAAGCCCAGCCCCCCACCCACCCAGCCCAGCCCAGAUAGCAGGCCAGAACCCAGAACCAGACACCCCACAGCAGAAACCACCCCGAAGCCCCAGAACCCGAACAGAAACCCCAGCAGACCAGAACAGAAUCAGAACCCCACAGCAGACAGCAGACCCGAACCAGGAUCAGAACAGAACCAGACACGCCAGAACCCAGCACAGACAGACCCAGAACAGCCAGACAAGCCAGAACCCCCAGCAGAACAAGACAGCAGAAACCCAGAACAGACCAGAACAGCAGAACAGCAGAAUCCCAGACCAGAACAGUCCAGAACCGACCCCAGACCAGAACCACAGAACCAGCUGAAAUCAGAACAGAAACCAGACAGCCCGAACAGAAUCCAGCAGAAUCAGACAGACAGAAUCCAGUUCAGCCCCCAGGCCAGAAUCAGCAGAAUCCCCAAAGCAGCAGAACCAGAACAGCCAGCAGAAUUCAGAAUACAGCAGCAGCCAGCCAGACAGCCAGAAUUCCAGAACCAGAACAGAACCCAGACCAGAAGACCAGCAAUCCCAGACCAGACAGCAGCCCAGAAGCAGAACAGCAGAACACCCCCAGAACAGCCCAGAAAGACGACAGCCAGAAUCAGGAACAAGACAGCAGAACCCAGCAGAAACACAGACCAGCCAGAAUCCAGCCCAGAAGGCAGACAGACAGAACCAGCAGCCGACAGCGAAUUAGAAUCAGAAGCACCCCAGAUACCAGAAUCAUGA